UGGAAGGGGGUUAUGUAGCUGAGGGUAGAGGGUGACAUGGACCAUGGUGGGGUCGGGUGGCAAGAGAUAAGGCUGGAUGGAGCAGGAGCGCCUGGUGCUCAGGACAUUCCGGCCAUCUGAAGAAGUGUGGCCUUUAGUCCUAAGAGCCAGAGAAGCCCUGAGCAGGUGGAAGCAAAGGAGUCCUGUGACCCGAUCUGAGUUCUAGGAGAAUGAGUGGAGCUGGUGUGGGCAAUAUAUUGGAGGGACAAGACUGCAGUCCAGUAAGGAGGCUGCCGGAGACCUCCCAGGGAAAGAUGGGGAUUCGUUCACCUUUUUCUCCAAGGCUAUAAUGUAUACAGAUUCCCUUCUGUUGACUGUGACAAGACCUCCUGAACUGCCAGAAAUUUUCACCGGAGAUCUUUAGAGAAGAAUACACGAAAUGUGUCUGGAGUUAAUCUUCAACCAUUGGGAAGAAAGAAUAUACAAUGUUUCUUUUUUAUUAUGAAUUUUUUAAGUCUUCACUCCUGCCAGUGUCAGGGAAAUAAUUGCGCUACAUCUAACAGAUCCUUCAACUAUGGUGAAAGGGGAAGCCAUCUCUCCCUUGAAGGAUGGAUGGAUAGAUGGAUCGAUGGAGAGACGCUGGGAUUUCAAGCGAUGAGUGAGUUUUAAAGAAAGAUUUUACCUCUGAGACAAGCCGGCUUUCCCACCCACAAUAAGCGGGUGCUCCUGUCUGCUUCUCUCUUUAUUUUAGCAAGCCAUGUUUUGACAAUUCGUGGAAAAAAAAAAAAAAAAAGUCUGUCUAGGGCAAAUUGAGCUGCUGAAGCAAUAAACAUUUAGACACAUAAUGUGAAUUGAGUUAUUGUUCUUGGUAGGGAUAUUCUCUGAGUUUCUCUUUUUUGGAAAGAGAAAGUGUCAGCCUGUUUCCCUCCCCCGGGUCUCUUGAAAUGGAAGUCUCCUUUCCCCGUAGUUGUUGCGAAUCCUUGACAAUAGCCCCAAGACUAGGUUAUCUCGCAGGAACUUCCAUUUCCAAAGAGUUGAGGGAGAUAAAGACUCAAAACAAUUGGACGACGUCGAGGGCUAAGAGCUGCAUCUUCAGGCCAGUUCAGCCCAGGUGGCCUCUCUGGGCGGCCCACAGGAUGACGGAGGGCCGUCGAUGUCAAGUACAUCUUCUUGAUGACAGGAAGCUGGAACUGCUAGUACAGCCCAAGCUUUUGGCCAAGGAGCUGCUGGACCUCGUGGCCUCUCACUUCAAUCUGAAGGAAAAGGAAUACUUUGGAAUAGCCUUCACAGAUGAGACGGGACACUUAAACUGGCUUCAACUAGACCGAAGAGUAUUGGAACAUGAGUUCCCCAAAAAGUCCGGACCGGUUGUUUUAUACUUUUGUGUCAGGUUCUAUAUAGAAAGCAUCUCAUACCUGAAGGACAAUGCUACCAUCGAGCUCUUCUUUCUGAAUGCUAAGUCCUGUAUCUACAAGGAGCUGAUCGACGUUGACAGUGAAGUGGUAUUUGAAUUGGCCUCCUAUAUUUUACAGGAGGCAAAGGGAGAUUUUUCUAGCAAUGAGGUGGUGAGGAGUGACUUGAAGAAGUUGCCUGCGCUUCCCACUCAAGCCCUGAAGGAGCACCCUUCCCUGGCCUACUGCGAGGAUCGAGUAAUUGAACACUACAAGAAACUGAACGGCCAGACCAGAGGUCAAGCAAUUGUAAACUACAUGAGCAUCGUGGAGUCUCUCCCGACCUACGGGGUUCACUAUUAUGCAGUGAAGGACAAGCAGGGGAUACCGUGGUGGCUGGGACUGAGCUACAAAGGAAUCUUCCAGUAUGACUACCACGAUAAAGUGAAGCCGCGGAAGAUAUUCCAAUGGAGACAGUUGGAAAACCUGUAUUUCAGAGAGAAGAAGUUUUCCGUGGAAGUUCAUGACCCCCGCAGACCCCAGGGGCAUCUCAGUAAAAGCGGUCAGUCACUGGAGUCCCGCAUCAUCACCAUGGUUGAACCUUGUGAUUCCUGCCAUCCUAGGGCUUCAGUGACAAGGAGGACAUUUGGACACAGCGGCAUUGCAGUGCAUACGUGGUAUGCGUGUCCGGCUUUGAUCAAGUCCAUUUGGGCUAUGGCCAUUAGCCAACACCAGUUCUAUCUGGACAGAAAGCAGAGUAAGUCUAAAAUCCAUGCCGCACGAAGCCUGAGUGAGAUCGCCAUUGACCUGACCGAGACGGGCACACUGAAGACCUCCAAGUUGGCCAACAUGGGGAGCAAGGGGAAGAUCAUCAGUGGCAGCAGCGGGAGCCUCCUGUCGUCAGGUUCUCAGGAAUCCGAUAGCUCUCAGUCGGCCAAGAAAGACAUGCUGGCCGCCUUGAAAUCCAGGCAGGAAGCGCUGGAGGAAACGCUCCGCCAGCGCCUAGAGGAACUGAAGAAACUCUGUCUUCGAGAAGCUGAGCUGACAGGCAAGCUGCCGGUUGAAUAUCCCUUGGAUCCAGGGGAGGAACCACCCAUUGUUCGAAGAAGAAUCGGGACAGCCUUCAAGCUGGAUGAACAGAAAAUUCUGCCCAAAGGAGAGGAAGCCGAGCUGGAACGCCUGGAACGAGAGUUCGCCAUUCAAUCCCAGAUUACGGAGGCUGCCCGCCGCCUCGCCAGUGACCCCAAUGUCAGCAAAAAACUGAAGAAACAAAGGAAAACCUCUUAUCUGAAUGCACUGAAGAAGCUGCAGGAGAUUGAAAAUGCCAUCAACGAGAACCGCAUUAAGUCCGGGAAGAAACCCACGCAGAGGGCUUCCCUGAUCAUCGCCGAUGGAAAUAUUGCCAGUGAAGACAGUUCCCUCUCAGAUGCCCUUGUGCUAGAGGAUGAAGACUCUCAGGUCACCAGCACACUGUCCCCCUUACAGUCUCCUCACAAGGGACUCCCUCCUCGGCCACCGUCACACAACAGGCCCCCCCCUCCCCAGUCCCUGGAGGGACUCCGGCAGAUGCACUAUCACCGCAACGACUAUGACAAGUCCCCUAUAAAGCCCAAAAUGUGGAGCGAGUCCUCUUUGGAUGAGCCUUACGAGAAGGUCAAGAAACGCUCCUCCCACGGCCAUUCCAGCACCCACAAGCGCUUUCCCAGUACCGGGAGCUGUGCCGAAGCUGGAGGGGGCAGCAGCUCCCUGCAGAACAGCCCCAUCCGCAGCCUGCCCCACUGGAACUCACAGUCCAGCAUGCCGUCCACCCCAGACCUCCGGGUCCGGAGUCCCCACUACGUUCAUUCCACAAGGUCGGUGGACCUCAGCCCCACGCGGCUGCACAGCCUCGCCCUGCACUUUAGGCACCGGAGCUCUAGCUUGGAGUCCCAGGGCAAGCUCCUGGGCUCGGAGAACGACACGGGGAGCCCCGACUUCUACACCCCACGGACUCGUAGCAGCAACGGCUCCGACCCCAUGGACGACUGCUCCUCCUGCACCAGCCACUCGAGCUCGGAGCACUACUACCCGGCGCAGAUGAACGCCAACUACUCCACGCUGGCCGAGGACUCGCCGUCGAAGGCGCGCGCGCGGCAGCGGCAGCGGCAGCGGGCGGCGGGCGCGCUGGGCGCGGCGAACUCGGGCAGCAUGCCCAACCUGGCGGCGCGCGGCGGCGGCGCGCACGGCGGCGGCGGCGGCGCGCACGGCGUCUACCUGCACAGCCAGAGCCAGCCGAGCUCGCAGUACCGCAUCAAGGAGUACCCGCUGUACAUCGAGGGCAGCGCCACGCCCGUGGUGGUGCGCAGCCUGGAGAGCGACCAGGAGGGCCACUACAGCGUCAAGGCGCAGUUCAAGACCUCCAACUCGUACACGGCGGGCGGCCUGUUCAGGGAGAGCUGGCGCGGUGGCGACGAGGGCGACGCGGGCCGCCUGACGCCGUCGCGCUCGCAGAUCCUGCGGACUCCGUCGCUGGGCCGAGAGGGCGCCCACGACAAGGGCGCGGGCCGCGCCGCCGUCUCGGACGAGCUGCGCCAGUGGUACCAGCGCUCCACGGCCUCGCACAAGGAGCACAGCCGCCUGUCGCACACCAGCUCCACCUCCUCGGACAGCGGCUCCCAGUACAGCACCUCCUCCCAGAGCACCUUCGUGGCGCACAGCAGGGUCACCAGGAUGCCCCAGAUGUGCAAGGCCACGUCAGCUGCCUUACCUCAAAGCCAGAGAAGCUCAACGCCAUCAAGUGAAAUUGGAGCGACGCCCCCAAGCAGCCCCCACCACAUCCUAACCUGGCAGACUGGGAGCUACACCGACAGCUGUUUCCUGGACUCCUCCCUCUAUCCCGAACUAGCCGACGUCCAGUGGUACGGGCAGGAGCAAGCCAAGCCCGGCACCCUCGUGUGAGCCAGCCGGCCUCGAUCUGACCGCCUCAACGCCAUUCAGAGAUCACCUCACUGCCUCUCAUUUGCCUUACCCAGACGCACUGUCACCCCGCACCAGCUUCGGCCCUCAGCACUUUUUUUCCUCCCGUCUCCGCAUCCCCUUCACCCUCAAAAACCUGACUGAGGAGACAUUCUGGAAGGUUCCGGUCCCACUGUGUGUCCCCCUGGCGCUCUCGCCCACGGAGAGCCAGGCACCAAUCCUCAGCGGCACCUUGGUGGCUUCCCCCUGCCGUGACAGCCCCCAGGCCAGGACCCAUCAGGGAAGGUGGCGGACAUCCAGUUCCCGUGGACAAGCGGCAGGAGAACAGGAAAGGGGACUUACGUACAGGGUGAUCCCGAAGGACUGUCCGCUGUGGCCGGCCUGCGCCCCCCCUCGCGGGCCCACCGCGUGCUCGGUGAGGAGGACGCCUCGUGCGCGCGCGGAGAACACUCAGUUGACACUUGACAUGUUCCCUGGGGGCGUGGCUAUCGGGGGAGGGGAAGGAGAUUGAAAAAGGAAGCUUCACGUGUCCAAGAUGCAUCCGAGGAUCACAAUCAGUUCUACGCUGCCAAAGAUUAAAAAAAAAAAAAAAAUUAAAAUAAAAAAAGAGGGGCCAAGAGGAAGACAUUCUUUCUGCAAUGAAAUCUUUUAAAUUCUUAACUGCUACUAACUCAUCACAGUGAAAAGUCAACCAUUUGUAAAUUGUUUCCCCUCUUUAUCCCUCACCCUUAACGGCCCACCUUCUCUCUCAGGCCAGAGCCUGGAAAACUAACCCGGUAUGAUGGUCAAGUGGAGGGAGCCAGAGCAGCGCCGCGGGCUCGGGUCCCCGGGGGUGUGCACACGGAGGACAGGCCUGCGGGCAGGGAGCAGGGGGGCGCCGUCAGCCCGGUCUGCACGGGGGUCGGGUCCAAGCUCACCGCCUUCCUGCUGGGAUCUGGAGGAAACGGAAGGUGGGGAUUGCCAAAAGCGCUUCUCUCUCAUUAAAACAAGCAGUAAAAGCGUGUCCUCUUGUUUUGCACAAGGUGUUUGAUUUUAUUUUUCAUGGGAAACCAAGGGAAAAAGCACAUCACGAUCCAUUCGAGUGUUUAACUGUUGUGGCUCAUUUUAUACUUGUUAGCACUUGUGUGACAAAGAGCUCAGACCCGACUUCUCUCGGCACCCGGUUACCAAUGUGUCACUUAUUCCAAGAACCCAACUAUGCCCUUAGGUAGGAAGAGUUGACUCCCGUGUCUACUAGCUAGCAGGCGGAGCGGGGCUGAAGGGCACGCCAGCUCCCAGAGGGCCCGGAUGCCUCCGGCGUCGGCAGCUACCUUGACGUACCACAGUCGUCCGCAGAAACCCAGAGGGGAGGAAAGAGCCGCACGUUUACAUGUGUCUUGAGCUAUGCUUAAGACACAACUGGAAAGCCAUCUAUCUUCAAAGGCCUCAAAAAUACUUUUAUAAUCCUAACAAGCGCACACUCUUAGUUGGGUUAUUCAAAAUGGCACAAACACGGUCUCCACGGAGGUGGGACGCUGUGCUUAUUGGCGCAAGUGGGGGGUGGGCGGGGGGAGGGACAGUUUUUCUCACUUGUAACGACUUCCUAUUGGAAAGGCAUUUGACAGCCAGGGACAGGAGCUGGGGUGGGGUAGUUUUGGGGGAAAGCAGAACCACAGUUAGCUUUAGCGUAAAAAGAAAAAUCUUCGGUUUUUUUACGUAUGCGUAAUCCAAGAACAAGACUCUACCAGACCAGGAGGGAAGAUGGACCCUAAAGUAAGUUUAACAACGCUCCCUCUAUUGCAGCUUGGGAAGCGCUGUGGGCUCACGGCCUGCUGGGGCCACUCCGGACAAUUCAGGGCCUGCUUUCCCCAGGCCUGUGGGCACUGGAUUGGUGACACAGCUUGGGGGAAGGGGCGAACAUUCACAGAACACUUGGGUAAACCCUGCAGGAUAGACAAAACUGGUUCUAAUGUUAUUACCCGAUCCUGGGGACGGAGGGGUGGUAUUUUUGUUGCUGGUAUUUUGACGAUCAGAGCUACGGCCAACAGGUUUUUUUUCCCUUCCCCAUUCAGAACGUUAUACCCUGGGCCAUUUUUCUUUCACCCCAAAGACACACUGGCUAAUCAGACUGAACCGUGUGCGACAGGAAAAGUGCAGAGAAACAAGAGGAGGGGACGAGGUCACGUGGCUGCAGGUUACACAGCAUGUCCCGUAGUUUCAAGUCGAGGCUGCAGUCCCCCCCCCCCCCACCACCACCACCCCGGAUCACGCUUUUAGCCCAGCUGGGUGACAGGGAAUGUGAGACGAAAAAUCUUUCUCAACACUUGGGUUUUGAAUUCAGGAGGCAGAAAAGAACGGAGAGGGAGGGGAAUUGCAGUUCAGACAAAGGCCACGAUAGUCUGGUAGGAAAGAGAUGAAGUAAAACAGGUUUUACUGUUGAGCUGCUGAGUUCGGUUACUACAAAUGUACAUAACGUUAGUCCUUUGAGAGCCACGGGAUUAAGGAUCAGUGUGGUGGGGAACAGCAGUUAACUGUAAACAAGCGCUUGCAAGCUCUUCACAGAUCCGUCUUUCUUUCAAGCAAAAUAAGACGGAAUAUGAAGCCCCUGGUCUGAUAAAAAGCCCCUACUGGAUUCUUUGGAUACAUGUAAGAAGUUGCCUGUUUAGCCUGAAGACUGGUGGGGACCCUUACAUCAGACUUUGUUGUGAGACAGGUGGAUUUUUUUUAUUAUACGCAGGUGAGUGUUGAAACUGUUAAAAUCCCAAUUCGUUUUCAUUCAGUGUUAGUUCUAAAUAGAGCAGACCCCCUCCAGGUGCUAUCAGAUGACCAGUUACUGCUUAGUUAACUAGGUGUAAAGUUUUACAUAUACAUUCAUGUCAAUAGUUAUCACACGUUGUGUAAAAUGGACUCUAGUUUAAUAAUGGGGAGAAAGGAUUAGGUUGCUCCUGAAACUGACUGUAGAGCAUGGAAAAUGAUUUUACUGGAUUCUGUUCAACUGUAAUCAAUGAAAAGGAUGUAUGUUGUAGACAAAGUUGCAGAAUUAAAAAGAAAUCUGCUUUUAAUUUAUUCUUUUUGUAUUAAGAAUUUGUAUAGUACCUUUACAUUUUGCAAAACAGUGUUGUCAACACUUAUUAAAGCAUUUUCAAAAUGAAAAGAUCUCAGCUGCCUCUUGGAGAUUUUGUUUCAUCGGCUCUGGAAAUCUCUAAUUCGGGCGCCGGCGGCCUUGCUGGACUCCUUUUUUAAAGUCCAUCGAAAGCUGAUCUUACUGGCUUGCCAGAUACAGAUAAGCUCAGUUUGUGUAGUCAAGGCUAAUUCUCCCUUACUCUAAUUGCCUUGUUAAUUAUACAAAGAGAACACAUUCUCUACUAUGUAUUCCUGCCACAAAAAGGGAUCUGAGGUUAGAGGUCAGUCUUUGUCGGGACACUGGUGGUUACAAAUAGUUACCUGUAUGCAGUCCAUGCCAGGCGUGGGUCCCGUUCCCACACAGCGGAACGUGGUGGAAGAGACACUGAGGGAAUGGGGGCUUCGGAGGCCAUCCUUGGGCUCUCCGCCCCCAUGAGGUCCCCCGGGGUCUGUGCAGGAGGCCAAAGGCCCAUCAGGGAGACGGCAGGAUGCUCAUGCUCCUCAGCAGCCCUGUGCUCACCCUACCACUCAAACCCUGUCCCCCACCACCUGAAUCACAUCACCCACACAGCAGCCGGCGAGGCCCGCGGGCACCAAAGCCCCCACUUAACGACAAGACGGCGACUGGCCUACUUUUGCAGAGACUGCGCUGGAGCUGCGUCCCCGGCCCCCUGGCCCAACAGGCAUCUCUUCGCUAGCGGGAGCCCAGAAGCCCGGAAGCCAAGAACAUCCCCCGGAUGGAAAGCCCUUGCUGAAGCAUCUGCCACUAGAGCGAGCUAACCCCUGCCCAAAAUGAAAACAAUCCACAAGAGAACACGAAGCAUGUCGGAAGUGAGCUCGUUAGGACAUUUUACACUUCUAAGCCCUUGAAAGCCACCAGUGGCUCUGUAUCUCAAAAUAAUCAGCGCUCAUGUCAAACAGAGAUCUUUUGUCUUUUCAGUGUAAACAUGUCACAGCUCAGGAGAUAAAUCCAGGAUCUGCUCAUUAAGCUCUGACGAUCUCAUGAAGGCAACACAGGAAGACACUGCUUUCCCACUUCUCUCCACCUUUUACGGCGCGCGUAGACGCGCGCACACACAGCGCUGACAAAGCAGUUCUACACAGCUGUUAUUUCUGUUACCAGAGAACACAAACACCCAGAAGUCCAGCAGAAAGUAGUAAACAGAGCCCAGGCCUCUUGCUGCUUUCUCCCAGAGUACCAGUUCCAAACAGCCCAUCCGUAAGACCCUCCAUAAGGCGAGCGCCAGAUAGCCACUGGCAGGGGCUGGCGAGCAGUCAUGCACUGCACGUCUGGGGAGGAGCCCAGGCUCCAGAAGCCUACACGCACACAGAUUAGACACGGACCCACAACCACAGCGUAAGGGCAAACAAAGUCGCCAACAUUAAACAGAAGGAAAAGAUUCCAAAGGAGUCCAAAGGGGACGAAAUCCCCAAGUGUCUUAAACGGGAUCUCACUGCUAAGCUUGUCCACGGAGCCAGACGCUGGGAGUCACGGCCGCCAAGAGGGCAAGAACCUCCUGCAUUACACCCUCUUUGCUGUGCACAAAGUCUCCCCCGGGGCACAGCCACUGUCCCCUCAGACAGGAGCUGAGGGGCCUGCAGUGCAGGGGUCUAAACAGCGAGCAGACAGAGCCCACACAUUUACAAUUGUACAAGAUUUCUUUUAUCAGAAACCCAUUUUUCUCCCCAUCAACUGCUGUCCCUACAUACGAGUAGGUUCCUUUUGUUUUUCAUUCAUUCGUUUUCUGUCAAACCCACUCCAGGCCUGCUUUUGUUCCCCUACUCUUCCAAAACCGCUGCUGUCAAGGUGAAGGACUCGCACAGCGCCACAGUGGUUAACUCUCUGUUCUCAGCUCAUGUGACUUACCAGCAACACAGCCCCAUGGACCCCCUCGGGUCCUGCACCGGAAGGCCAGGAUGCGACGCCCUCCAGGGUUUGCUGCUCACGACGGUUGGGGCCCUUCUUUCCAGCCUCCUUGGCGGUUCUCCUCUCCCCGGCGCCCGGGCAUCGGCGUGUCCCAGCUCUGUGCUCGAGCUCCCCCCCUCUAUCGUCCACCACGCCUCCGGUAGCUCUCCCUUGGCCUCAGGGUUUUCAGUGUCAUCUAGGGGCUGAAGACACCUGUCUUGAUCCCUGCAUUCCUGAGCUUGUACCUCUUCCCACCUGGCAACCUGUCCCCCGCAGGUCUAACAUGCUAACAUGGCCAGAGUGGAGGUUCUGAGCCUCCCCUCGGAAUCUGCUCCCUCACCACCUUCCUCAGCUCAGCUGCAGGCCCUACAGCCGUCCAGGGUCAGGCCAGAAGUCCUGGGAUCGUCCCACCAUCUUGCCAACCCCACUGGAUGAUCACCUAAUCA